GGUUGUCGAGAGAGAUAAAGUUCCGUCUGGGAGAAGUAUCCUUCCGCCGCUCCCAUUGAAACCUAAUUUGGCGUUACUUUUUCCUUUUGGUUUUUGCGCGCGAUUCUUCCGCCUCCGCCGAGCUUCUUCGGCGGCAGGUGAGGCGGCGGAAGGAGCCGUUCCGUGUGCGGUCCUUGCAGGAGCGCCGAAGCCGCGGUAUCCUUCCGCCGAGCGGGGGCCGUUUCCGGAUCGCUCGCCCGGGCCUCCCGCCGUCUCUUCCAGCCCCGCCAUUAAGAGGCUCCCGCCUUCCCUUCCCUCCUCACCGGCGGCCGCCUCGCGCGCUCCUCCCCCUCCCCCCUUUUUCUCUUCUUCUGCCUCGGAGAGGAGCCGCUCCCCGACCCCCGCCGUCGGGCUGGAGCCCUCAAACCCCAACAACGCCUCCGCCGCCAUGGCUCAAAUCCUGCCCAUCCGAUUCCAGGAGCAUCUCCAGCUCCAGAACCUGGGCAUUAAUCCGGCCAACAUUGGCUUCAGCACUCUGACUAUGGAGUCAGACAAGUUCAUCUGCAUACGAGAGAAGGUAGGGGAACAAGCCCAGGUGGUUAUCAUUGACAUGAAUGAUCCCAGCAACCCCAUUCGCCGGCCAAUUUCUGCUGACAGCGCAAUCAUGAACCCUGCCAGCAAGGUCAUUGCACUGAAAGCCGGGAAGACCCUUCAGAUCUUUAAUAUUGAAAUGAAAAGCAAAAUGAAGGCGCAUACCAUGACCGAUGAUGUCACCUUUUGGAAGUGGAUCUCUCUGAACACUGUUGCACUAGUCACUGACAAUGCUGUGUACCACUGGAGCAUGGAAGGGGAGUCUCAGCCAGUAAAAAUGUUUGACCGCCACUCUAGUCUUGCAGGCUGCCAGAUCAUCAAUUAUCGUACAGAUGCCAAGCAGAAAUGGUUGCUUCUGACUGGCAUAUCAGCACAGCAAAACCGUGUAGUAGGAGCCAUGCAGCUUUAUUCCGUAGAUAGGAAAGUAUCCCAGCCCAUUGAGGGCCAUGCUGCUAGCUUUGCACAGUUCAAGAUGGAAGGCAAUGCUGAAGAAUCCACCCUUUUCUGUUUUGCAGUGAGAGGUCAAGCUGGAGGCAAGUUGCAUAUCAUUGAAGUUGGCACACCUCCAACAGGAAACCAGCCAUUUCCCAAGAAAGCAGUGGAUGUGUUUUUCCCACCUGAAGCGCAGAAUGACUUUCCGGUAGCAAUGCAGAUCAGUGAAAAGCAUGAUGUGGUCUUCUUGAUCACAAAAUAUGGUUACAUCCAUCUAUACGACCUUGAAACAGGCACGUGUAUCUACAUGAACAGAAUCAGCGGAGAGACCAUUUUUGUCACCGCCCCUCAUGAAGCAACUGCUGGAAUCAUUGGAGUCAAUCGAAAAGGACAAGUGUUGUCUGUGUGUGUAGAGGAAGAGAACAUCAUUCCUUACAUCACAAAUGUACUGCAGAACCCUGACCUGGCUCUGCGUAUGGCUGUCCGUAACAACCUAGCAGGUGCUGAAGAGCUCUUUGCCAGGAAAUUCAAUGCUCUUUUUGCCCAAGGGAGCUACUCAGAUGCAGCAAAAGUGGCAGCAAACGCCCCAAAGGGAAUUUUGCGUACCCCAGACACCAUACGCCGAUUCCAGAGCGUUCCAGCACAGCCAGGUCAGACUUCUCCCUUGCUCCAGUAUUUUGGAAUCCUGCUAGACCAAGGUCAACUGAACAAGUAUGAAUCCCUCGAACUCUGCAGGCCGGUGCUCCAGCAAGGACGCAAGCAGCUCUUGGAGAAAUGGUUAAAGGAAGACAAGCUGGAAUGCUCUGAAGAACUGGGAGAUCUUGUGAAGUCUGUGGACCCAACACUGGCUCUCAGCGUCUACCUGCGGGCUAACGUCCCCAACAAGGUCAUCCAGUGUUUUGCAGAAACAGGACAAGUUCAGAAGAUCGUGUUAUAUGCGAAGAAGGUUGGCUACACUCCUGACUGGAUCUUUCUGCUGAGGAAUGUUAUGCGGAUCAGCCCUGACCAAGGACAGCAGUUUGCCCAAAUGCUGGUUCAGGAUGAGGAACCUCUUGCCGAUAUUACCCAAAUCGUGGAUGUGUUCAUGGAGUACAACCUGAUCCAGCAGUGUACAGCCUUCCUGUUGGACGCACUGAAAAACAAUCGCCCCUCCGAGGGCCCUUUGCAGACCCGCUUGCUUGAAAUGAACCUCAUGCACGCCCCUCAGGUUGCCGAUGCCAUUUUAGGAAACCAGAUGUUCACACACUAUGACCGGGCCCACAUCGCCCAGCUGUGUGAAAAAGCUGGCCUUCUCCAGAGAGCACUGGAACACUUCACAGACUUGUACGACAUCAAGCGAGCGGUGGUUCACACUCACCUUCUCAACCCUGAGUGGUUGGUGAACUACUUCGGCUCCUUGUCUGUUGAGGACUCCCUGGAGUGUCUGCGUGCAAUGCUUUCUGCUAACAUCCGCCAGAACUUGCAGAUAUGUGUCCAGGUUGCUUCCAAGUAUCAUGAGCAGCUUUCAACACAGUCACUCAUUGAGCUCUUUGAGUCUUUCAAGAGCUUUGAAGGUCUCUUCUAUUUCCUGGGCUCGAUUGUCAACUUUAGCCAGGACCCAGAUGUUCACUUCAAAUAUAUCCAAGCCGCUUGCAAGACAGGCCAGAUUAAAGAGGUAGAAAGAAUUUGCAGAGAGAGCAACUGCUAUGACCCAGAACGUGUAAAGAACUUUCUCAAGGAAGCAAAGCUGACUGACCAGCUCCCGCUGAUUAUUGUGUGUGACCGCUUCGACUUUGUCCAUGAUCUGGUGCUCUACUUGUACAGAAACAACCUCCAAAAAUACAUUGAAAUUUAUGUGCAAAAGGUGAACCCAAGCCGUCUACCGGUGGUCAUUGGGGGCUUGCUUGAUGUAGAUUGCUCUGAAGAUGUCAUAAAAAACCUGAUCUUAGUUGUGAGAGGGCAGUUCUCCACGGACGAGCUUGUUGCUGAAGUAGAAAAAAGAAACAGGUUGAAACUCCUACUUCCGUGGCUGGAAGCCAGAAUUCAUGAGGGCUGCGAGGAGCCAGCUACACACAACGCACUGGCUAAAAUCUACAUCGACAGCAACAACAACCCUGAAAGGUUUCUGCGCGAGAACCCCUACUAUGACAGCCGCGUGGUGGGGAAGUAUUGUGAGAAGAGAGACCCUCAUCUGGCAUGUGUGGCUUAUGAGCGCGGCCAGUGCGAUCUGGAGCUUAUUAAUGUAUGCAAUGAGAAUUCACUCUUCAAGAGUCUCUCCCGUUACUUGGUGCGUCGCAAGGAUCCCGAACUGUGGGCUAGUGUGCUACUGGAAAGCAAUCCUUACCGAAGACCACUGAUUGACCAGGUUGUGCAGACAGCGCUGUCGGAGACUCAGGACCCUGAAGAAGUGUCUGUUACCGUCAAAGCUUUCAUGACAGCUGACCUUCCCAAUGAGCUGAUUGAGCUGCUGGAGAAAAUUGUUCUUGAUAAUUCUGUGUUCAGUGAACACAGGAACCUGCAGAACCUGCUUAUCCUGACGGCCAUUAAGGCCGACCGUACCCGUGUCAUGGAGUAUAUUAACCGCCUAGACAACUACGAUGCUCCUGAUAUUGCCAACAUCGCAAUCAGCAAUGAGCUUUUUGAGGAGGCGUUUGCUAUCUUUAGGAAGUUUGAUGUUAACACCUCUGCAGUGCAGGUUCUGAUUGAACACAUUGGCAACCUGGACCGGGCAUACGAGUUUGCCGAACGCUGCAAUGAACCAGCUGUGUGGAGCCAGCUGGCCAAGGCUCAGCUUCAGAAAGGGAUGGUUAAGGAAGCGAUCGACUCCUAUAUCAAAGCCGACGACCCUUCGUCGUACAUGGAAGUUGUUCAGGCUGCCAAUUCCAGUGGAAACUGGGAAGAGCUGGUGAAGUAUCUGCAGAUGGCACGCAGGAAGGCCCGGGAGUCUUACGUGGAGACGGAACUCAUUUUUGCCCUUGCUAAGACCAACCGCUUGGCUGAGCUGGAAGAAUUCAUCAACGGACCGAACAAUGCCCAUAUUCAGCAAGUUGGCGAUCGUUGCUAUGAGGAGAAGAUGUAUGAUGCUGCCAAACUGCUGUACAACAACGUAUCCAACUUUGGCCGCUUAGCAUCUACGUUGGUUCACCUUGGCGAAUACCAAGCAGCAGUUGACGGUGCUAGGAAAGCCAACAGCACUCGAACCUGGAAGGAGGUUUGCUUUGCGUGUGUGGAUGGGAAGGAGUUCCGCCUGGCCCAGAUGUGUGGCCUUCACAUUGUGGUGCAUGCAGACGAACUGGAGGAGUUGAUCAACUAUUACCAGGACCGUGGCUACUUUGAGGAGUUGAUAACCAUGUUGGAAGCUGCGCUGGGGCUGGAGCGUGCCCAUAUGGGGAUGUUCACAGAACUAGCCAUCCUUUACUCAAAAUUCAAGCCUCAGAAGAUGAGAGAGCACUUAGAGUUGUUUUGGUCCAGAGUCAACAUUCCUAAGGUGCUAAGGGCAGCUGAACAAGCCCAUCUGUGGGGAGAGUUAGUCUUCCUGUACGACAAAUACGAAGAGUAUGAUAACGCUAUCAUCACAAUGAUGAACCACCCAACAGAUGCGUGGAAAGAAGGGCAGUUCAAAGAUAUCAUCACUAAGGUGGCCAAUGUGGAACUGUAUUACAAAGCGAUCCAGUUUUAUUUGGAGUUCAAACCACUGCUGCUGAACGACCUUCUGAUGGUGCUCUCUCCCCGGCUUGACCACACCCGUGCCGUAAACUUUUUUAGCAAGGUUAAACAGCUUCCGCUAGUGAAACCCUACUUGCGUUCAGUUCAGAAUCACAAUAACAAAUCAGUGAACGAAUCUCUAAAUAACCUCUUCAUUACAGAAGAAGACUACCAGGCGCUCAGGACAUCAAUAGACGCCUACGACAACUUUGACAACAUCUCCCUUGCUCAGCGCCUGGAAAAACAUGAACUGAUUGAAUUCCGGAGGAUUGCUGCAUACCUCUUCAAAGGCAACAAUCGUUGGAAGCAGAGCGUCGAGCUCUGCAAGAAAGACAGGCUAUACAAGGAUGCCAUGCAGUAUGCUUCCGAGUCCAAAGACACAGAGCUGGCAGAGGAACUCUUGCAGUGGUUCCUGCAGGAGGGCAAGAGAGAGUGCUUUGGGGCCUGUCUCUUCACUUGCUACGACCUUCUCCGGCCAGAUGUAGUCUUGGAGACCGCUUGGAGGCACAACAUCAUGGACUUCGCCAUGCCCUACUUCAUUCAGGUCAUGAAGGAAUACUUGACCAAGGUGGAUAAGUUGGAUGCCUCAGAGUCACUGAGGAAAGAAGAAGAACAAGCCACAGAGACGCAGCCCAUAGUUUAUGGUCAGCCCCAGCUCAUGUUGACGGCUGGUCCCAGCGUCGCGGUCCCCCCGCAAGCACCUUUUGGCUACGGCUACACUGCUGCACCUCCCUAUGGGCAACCUCAGCCCGGUUUUGGGUACACCAUGUGAGGAGCAAGUCUGUCUGGAGUGAGCAUCGUUGUUGAACCUCCACCGUCCCUCCCCCUUCAACUCAACAGGGAAAAGCUUUGUGUCCUUGUAACCCUACUUCAUGAAGGACUGUGUUUUGUUUCGUUUUUUUCCCCUAGUGCAAGCUCUUUGGAUCCCAUUUAGUGUAAUCCUUUCUUCACAUUCCAUGUCACUUAGAACUUUCCCGCUGCUCCAAAUGGGAAUAGUUUCGAAUGUUCCAAGUGGGCUUUCUCUCUCUCUCUGUCUCUCUCUCUCUCUUUGUUUUGGGUUUGGUUUAUUUGCAAGACUGCUUCUUGACAUUAAACCCAGUCUCUUGUGACGAUUCCAAUUUGCACUCUGUAACGUUUAAAACCUUAUUGAAUCUUUUAAGUUCAAUGUGUAUGCGCAGCUUACAAAUAUGUACUGUCGUAUCUAAAACGCAUUAAAAGUCUUGUAUAUUCUGAAGGGGAGGAAGCUAACAGAAGAAUUUGGAUUUGGUGUUGAAACACUAACCCAGCAUAUCCUUCCCAGGUCGGAUUGCUUAGCUCUUUGAAAAAAAAAAAUACAAGUUGCGUACAACAGCCUUUCCUGAAAUUAAAAACAAACCUAGUCAAGUUUCCCUUACAAACCUAUGCAGUAUCCAGUUACUCAUAGAGAAAAUGCUAGUUGUUUGCUCACUCCAUAUGUACUGAUUGCCCUUCUGUUGUGCUGUGCCCCCUGUGCUUUCUUGUGGGGACCAUUUUUUUUUUAAAUUUUCUAUUUGAGGAACAAGAGAGCACCAAUGAAUCCAAUCUGUGUGUAUUUGACUAACCCUGCCCUGAGGUUUGUGUAUGUUGGAUAUUGUGGUGUUCAAGAUCACUUUUUUUCCUGAGUGUACAGAAGAGAGAGUGGAAGUCAAAGAGGAAGGGGAGGGGAGGAAAAAAACUUAAUUGCUGUUCAGUUAUGUUUGUGCAAUUUAAAAUGGCUCAAAUUGAAAAAAAAAUAAAUUACUGGACUGUGGAAAUCCUCUAUAGUAGUUUUUCAGUAUGCAUCUCUCUUCAGACUCCUUUAUUACAUAUGCACUCAGCCUCAAAUAGACUGGUUGAACAGUGUUCUUAAGGUCAAAGGGCAGAACCAGCAGCUUAGCAAAAUACCAAAUUUCUUACUAUGGAGACUAUUGGCAGGCGUGCACUGAAGAGACGACGUGAGGAAAUGUGUAUUUUAAAUGCUUGGGACUCUAUACCGGCGCAGGAGAAAGAUGCGAUAGCACUUUGCAAAGGCUGGCUGUGAGCUGAGCCGAUGGCCGUGUCUUCUACCCAGGUGGGGGAAAAAACUCUUUAGGGUUGUAGUUUUGAGUGUUCCAAUUUAAAAUUUGACAAAAACAGAUCAUGUUAUAGGUAUGUUAAGUUGCCUUAAUAUAUUAGCUUCAAAAUAAAGUUGACUUCAAUGUUCAA